AUGGCAGCACUUUUCGGUCUUCUCAAGGAGAAAUAUGGCCGUUCACCUCUUCCUCCUCCUUCCACAUUCUCCGACAAAACCAUCAUCGUCACCGGAUCCAACACCGGUCUCGGUCUCGAAGCAGCCCGCCACUUCGUUUCUCUAGGCGCGAAAACUGUGGUCCUUGCUGUUCGCUCCGAAGCCAAAGGUCUCAGAGCCAAAUCCUCCAUCGAGUCUUCCACCAAACGGUACGGAGUCGUACAGGUUUGGACCCUCGACUACGAGUCCUAUGCGAGCGUCUCUGCCUUCCUCACGCGCGUUGAGACCGAGCUCCCGACGGUGGAUAUUGUCGUUUUAAAUGCGGGAGUGUUUCCUCGUAAAUACGAGAAGAGCAAGGAGGGUUGGGAGAUGGCGUUGCAGGUUAACGUGCUGUCCACUGCGCUGCUUGGGUACUUGCUGCUUGCGAAGCUUCGCGGGAGCAGAAGACCGGAUAGCGACAACGCAGAUCCAAGUGGCAAAGAACUUCCUCAUCUUUGUAUCGUGGGUUCGCAUGUCCACGCCUCCAUAAAGCACCUGGAGCAGCAGAACGCGCCACACAUCCUCCACGCUCUCAAUGCACCAGAGGCGUUUACGAGGAAGCAGUAUGGCAUCUCGAAAUUAUUUGAUCAGUACAUCACCACCGAGCUCGCUGCCAUCAUCACGAGAGAGGGAGACAACGAGAUUCCUGCGGUCGUGGUCAAUUCGUUGUCGCCUGGCUUGGUUCGGUCUGACCUGGGAAGAGCAUACGACAAGUGGUAUGAGCGCGCGUUCGUCGCGGUUUUCUUCCGGAUAUUUGCCAUGUCAACGGAAAAAGGGAGCCGAGCUUUGGUUCAUGCAUCCAUACAAGGCCGGGAGUGCCAUGGGAAAUACUGGAGAAGGGGAAAGAUUGCCGUUCCCGGUCCACUCGUUACGAGCGACGAGGGCAAGAGACUUGGGAAACGGGUAUGGACGGAGAUCCUGGAAGAGAUAUCGACAAAGCACUCUCAGAGAUGA